AUCUCACUAUAGCAGGAGCUCAGACGAGCCAGCAAUGCCUGUGCAGGUGAAGCCUAUCCUUCUGCCAGUCUCUGUCCCUCUGGCACUGCCAACCUCCCGGGUAUGAGCCACCAGUUGUGGGAUUAUUAGGGAAUAUUUUAAUGGAAGCUAUGUCACCUCAACAGGACAAUGUAGGACAACCAAGAUCUUCAUCUUUGACUGGAGAACUCAAAAUAUCCGGGGAGACAGAGAAUAAAAAGAAAAUGAAGAGCUUGGCACAGAGACGCCAGUCAGCACCGUCCCUGGUAAUAAGCAAAGCACUUCAUAAAUCAAGAACCAUAAACAAAGAUGGUUGUUUUUCGCCUGUAAGUCCGGAAUCGUGCCCACUUGUCCAGGCGUUCGUCUGCCCCAGCCGAUCGUUCAUAACCCAUAGCCAUGUCCAGCUGAAGACCGGCCUGCAGACCCAGGACCGGCACUUGUUCCUCUUUACAGACAUCCUGAUCAUUGCAAAGUCAAAGUCCCCAUCUCACUAUAAACUGAAGCACCAUGUGCGUGUGGGUGAGAUGUGGAUUGCAUCCUGCAUGGAGGAAGUCUGUGAGGGCAGCACAUUCCCAGAGAGGUCAUUUGUCAUAGGCUGGCCAAUCACCAACUGCGUUGCAACGUUCAGUACUCCAGAGGAGAAGGAAAAAUGGCUCAUGCUUUUCCAAAGAUACAUCAAAGAGGAGAAGGAAAGUGACCACCCAAAAAUAAUCCCACUGAAGAUUAUUACAAAGGAUAUUGGGAACUGUGCCUAUUCGAAAACUCUGACGGUGACAAAUGAAGAUACUGUGAACGAUGUUAUAAAAAUGGCUUUGCAGCAAUUUGGCGUGGAAGGCUCAGAAGCAGAUUACCAGUUGUGGGUCACCUCGGGCAAAGACGAUGCACCUUAUCCUCUUAUUGGUCACGAAUACCCAUUUGGAAUUAAAAUGAGCCAUAUUCGUGAUGCAUUGCCACAAAUCCAGGGCACUAAGGAUUCUGCGUUAGACUUGGAGGGGCCCUUUAUCAUGGAACAGCUGCCCAGAGAGAUGCAGUGUCAGUUCAUCCUGAAGCCCAGCCGCCUGGCUGUGUGUCAGCAGCUAGCUGAUCCAAGCCAGAAGCCAUUUAAAAGGAAACGGUCUAUCAUAAACUGGACUUUUUGGCGUGGGUCUAACACUCAGCUGGAUAACAUCCAACUUUCUCCAACCUCUGCAACUCCAGGAAAGCUAUUUGGCCUUUCCUUAUCAGCCAUCUGUGAUAAUGACAACCUUCCCAAAGCCAUCAUGGAUAUGCUCUCAGUCCUUUGUCAAGACGGACCGUUCACAAGAGGAAUAUUUAGACGUUCCGCUAAUGCAAGGGCGUGCAAGGAAAUGAAAGAGCGGCUCAUCGCAGGAUUCCACAUUGAUUUUGCUUGUGAAUCUAUUUUUGUCACAGCGUCAGUGCUUAAGGAUUUCCUUCGCAAUAUCCCUGGCAGCGUCUUCUCAUCCAAACUUUAUGACAAAUGGGUUUCUGUUAUGGAUCAAGGCUGUCAGGCAGAGAAAAUAAAAGCUGUUAAGAAUUUGUUUGUGUCCCACAGGUUAGUGGAGAAGCUUCCGCAAGUUAAUGUCACACUACUGCGCUACUUGUUUGGGGUCUUGCACUGCAUUGAACAACGCUCUGACACCAACCAAAUGACGGCCUUCAAUCUGGCAGUGUGCAUUGCUCCGAGUCUGCUGUGGCUGCCCAAUCCUCCCAGCCCGGAGGCGGAAGGCGAAUUCACACGAAAGGUGUCCGUGUUGGUCCAGUUCCUGAUAGAGAACUACUGUAUGAUUUUCGGGGAUGACAUCUCAUUGUUGUAUGCCAGUUUGUCAGCAAAGGAUGAUAACAGAGAGGACAGCUCAGAUCUCUGUUCUUUAAAACAUAUUGACUCUUCGUAUGAUAGCCUGGAGAAUGAACUUAAUGAUGAUGGAGAUUCCUCAUACAGUGGACUUCCCACGAAGAUGAGUCACGACAACAGGAGCAGAGACUCUGUUCUGACUUUAAGUGACUGCGAUCUGGACCAUGCCUACACUGAAGAGGCUGAGAACUUCAGCUCUUCCCAGACUCAAGCUGUGAAGAUGUCAGCAGGUUCUCACCAUCGGUCGGCCUCACACGAGCAGUCUGAGAAUGAAUCUCUCUGUUCUAAUACUUCUGGGUACUCCUCCACAACAGAUGUGAGGAGGCACCGGCGUUGUUCCGAGCCGGCUAUUGGAAUACUGGCGUCCAGGUUCAGUCAACUUAACGAGUCCUCGCAUGAUAACAACUCAAGCUGCGAUGCUCUUCUUUCCCAGUCAGCAGACGAUUAUCUCAAACAGCAUCGCUAUUUGCAGGUUGAAGGGCAAAAACUUAUCAAUCGCAGUUUGACUUUGGGCAUCGAUGUCACUAAAAGCAACACAAAGCAGACAAGUGACAAAAAGACCACUUCUAAUAGACUUUUGCCACCUAGCGCGCUGAGGUUGAACAUAUGCCCUCACACUAGUUGUUCUAGUUUGUCUUCUCCUGGGACAUCUCCAUCAGGAUCUUCACAAAGUUCUUUGGACAGUGCUUUUUCUCAGUUUUCUGACUAUUCAGUGUUAACGCCAAACGAUGUGCCUUCACCUUUAGACUGCACUUUACGACAACAUAGAAAGCAGGUAGAACUCAGUCCAGAUUUCAUGGGCAUUACUUCGUUUUCAGGGUUUGUAGGAGCUGAGGAGGACAAGCAGCCUUAUAACGGCUCUGUAUUUAUUACUGGAAAACAUAUGAUGGAAUGGCAAAGCCAUAAAAGCCCUGCUAGCACCCAACCCAUUGCCUGGUUGAAAAAUAGCAGAUCUACUGUGAAAAACUGGACCUCAAAAAAAACAGACAAGGCAAAAAAUGAUGAGAAAAGCAAAACCGAAGGAGACAAAUCCACUAAAGGACUAUCUUCAAAUAAACCCGAAAUUUCAGAAUGUUCCUUGUUAAUGGAACAUAUGACUGUGCCAAAAUUAGACUGUCAAACCAUAAACCGUAUUACAGUGCCAAGAUCUCCACAGGUCAACGAGGAUGGUUCUCUGACCUGCAACCCACCUUUUUCUGAAGUUGUCACUAAGAGGCAAGUUUCAACCAGAACACAUGCAAUAGACCAAGGUGUUGCAGACAGAAAUGGAAAUGACGCCAACGGGGAGGAGUGCAGUACAUUCCUAUUCCCAUCUCCCGUGUCCAUUAGCAUUGAGAUAUCCCCACGCAGCCAAGACGGCACGCAGACGCCACAAACACUUUUUCUUGGUCACAAUAUUGCAUUGUUUAGCCAGAGGAACAGGAGAAAAUCCACAAACUCUUACAAUUUAGAGGAACCCCUUCCUCUCGACGCAAACAUGAAGUCCUCUAGUGAGCAUACGGUCCACCCGCAUGGGGACCCGAUGCCAGGCACGAAGGACGACACCAACAGAACAUCAAUCAGUAUUCGUGUCGCCAGUUUCAAGAAAAAUAGAGUAUUGCCUUCUAAUGUGGACACUGGAGUCAAAAUUGCAAAUUGUGACUUGGAGAAAAACUUUUGCGUGUCUCCGAAGUUAAGUUCCAGUAUGGGAGACUUGUUUUUGCAGCCAGAAAUACAAAAGCAAAUUAAAAGUACACAAGAGUGUGACAGUUCCAUCAUUAAGGGCGGUAGAGAAUGGCACACAGAACGCUGUAGCGAUCCUAAAUUUGAAGAGGUAGACCAAAGAUUUUUUGCAGAAGAAUCCUAUGUGUAAAGAUGGGUUCUUUGAUUAUAACAUCCUCUCUUCUCUGCAGAUCUAAUACUUGGCAUUCAUUAUGCAAUGAAAUUAGUGGAUUGGGUUAAAAACUGAGAUUUUAAAUUGUUUUCGAUCAUGGAAGAGCCACUUCUAUGUCUUAUUUAUGUGAACGAGUGUAUUUUUUUUUUUUUUAAUUUUAUUUUGUUUCGUAGUUUCUUUUUCAUCUUAAAGAGAAAUUUAUAGUGGAUGGAUUUCUUAGAGAAAAAAACGGUUGAGUAUUAAAAUGUUACAUUAUAUUUCAUGUAUCAGAAAACGUUGAUGCUCAGUCCGAUGUAUAAUUGGGACCAGUCUGUUUUGUGUUUGAUAAGUCUGCAAGGAGAAUGUAGUUAAUGUCCGUAAAAAUUAGUAUAAUGUAAUAUAUACCUAAAAUAGAUUUUAAUCUGUCUUUGCUAUUCUGUGUCACUGUUAGGUUUUCAGCUGUGUACUGUUUGUGUGUGCGCUGCGUCCUGUUCUGUGAAGUCAUGUCGAGUAUGUUAUGUUAAGUAAUUAAUAAUCUCAUCUGCUACAUGAGUUUGCACAGAUUGUCCCAAUGUAAUUUCCAUUAUUAUACUAUUAUUAAAAGAUGUGUAUUUUUGUACUUUGCGAAAAUGCUGCUAACUUUAUAUGGUUUUGUUCAUUGGUUUGUUAUGGCACUGAUAAUAAUAUAAAUAUAUGUAUUCUGUAAUAUUAAAUAAUAAAGCCAUUGUAACAUAAGGUCAUACAUA